AGAGUUUGUGCGCAAAAUCGUGUGUUUUGUUGCAAAACAUUCAUUCAUUUGUCACAUGUUUUGAUCGAAAAGCGUGGAUCAAGUGAUGGACGACAACACACCACUCGAUGACUGUAUGGACGACACCAACGAUGACGACAUUGAGAUCAUUGAUAAUGAAGACAUCGAUGACUUGGACCGCAGCAGCGAUGAUGAAGAAGACGGCGACGCUAUUGGCGGCCAUUUAGUGGACGACUCCAUCCAUGUCUUCAACGGCCAUAAGAAGGCUGUUCUCAGUUGUGCUCUGAGUAGUGACCGAAGGUAUGCCGUGAGUGGCGGCGAAGACGACACGGCAUAUGUCUGGCGGACCGAUGACUCCGGUGUUGCCUUUGAGACGAGUGGACACAAAGAGUCGGUGGUUUGCGUGGCUUUUAAUGGUAACGACUCAUACGUGUCCACCGCUGACAUGAAUGGAUUGAUUCAAAUUUGGACAAUAAAUGGAGAGAAAGUGUUUGACUUUGAAGUCGACGAAAUCAAUUGGAUGUCAUGGCAUCCGAUGGCCAACAACGUGCUGAUGGCCGGAACCGCUACCGGAGACGCCUGGAUGUGGAAACUGAAUACAAACCUCACUUCUGAUUGCAAAACAUUUCAAAGUUUUGGUAAAUCUAAUUGUGUGGCCAAAUGUCUGUCCGAUGGGAAGCGC